AUGCCCAUCAAGUCGCCUUGGACGGUCAACGUUCCCGUUACUGAUAUCUGGUCUCUGCUCUUUGACACUCCCAAAGAGUAUCCCGGGGACCAUGUACUCUUUGUCGACGACGAUACUGGACGCUCGUACACUUUCAACGAUACACUGAAAAAGGGCAUUGCGUUUGGUCAAGGCCUAAAGCAGCUGUUUAACUGGCAAAAGGGUGAUGUUCUCGGCAUCUACUCACCAAAUGAUAUUGAUAUCCCAGUCGUCGUCAAGGCUCGAACCCACUACACUGGAUAG